AUGUUGAUUCUAUUCCAACAAAGACGACGAAAAGUCUAUGAAAUCCUCGAUCAAGGUGUUGGGAAAGGAAAUGCCAAAGCCGACUCUCAUCUUUUGCAUUUAAAUCAAGCAUUGGUCAUUCUCUCGUGCGUAUUUUCAUCAAUCAUGGCGGCCAUGCACUUUUUCACAAAAACCGGGCUUCUCGACCUUCCACAGUCCCCUCCACUCAUCAGCAACGCGCUCCCUUUCACGAUUUUAGAAACCUAUAUUAUUUUCGUCACGCAGAGUUCAAUUCUUAUGCUUGCCUCGUUGUUCUGCCAACUUUGCCUAAUCCUACGGGCAAGUAUCAUCAGGUUAUGCGCCGAAAUGCUGCCAGUCCACGAAGAAUGUCCAACCACGGAACAGUCUUUGAAACAGAUCCACGACGUGCAAAUUCACUAUCAGGAGCUCUACAACGCAAAAGCUCUGAUCGAAGAAACUUUCUCAUUCGCCAUAUUUUUCACUUAUGGUUGCUGUAUUCCAAUGAUAUGCUUUUUGUGCUAUAUUCUAUUGAAAAAUUCGAACCAAGAUGCUACCGAAAUUGUCUCAUUGUUGAUGUGGGUGUUCAACACGGUGAUAGUGUUGUUGUUUUUUAGCAUUCCUGCCUUUAUGGUGCAGGAAGAGGGCGAGAAAAUAUUGAGCUCUUGUUUUCGGAUGUAUCACGAGACGUUGUGUGAAGAUCGUGAUUUGCUUGUUAUGUCCCAAAUGCAAUUCCUUUCAAUUCAAAUGCACACCUCGCGUAUUCAGUUAACGGCCGGAAAUUUCUUCGUGAUGACCCGAAAGAUUUUGCUAACGCUAACCUCCGCCAUCUUCACCUAUUUCCUCAUUAUCGUCCAAUUCGAAUCGGAAGCCAAAGAUGACCUAAAAUCUCGGGCAUCAGUUGGGAGGGGU